UCAAGAUCGGAGGCCCGUAGGCCUCAUAAAGGGAGUCAAUUACUGUCAGAGCUAUCUACAAAACUGUCUCGAGACUGCCAUCGAGAAAAAAAGGAAACGUCAAAGCAAGCGGUAUCCGAAGAUGCCGAUGGACAACUCGUCCUGCACUGGACUCCUCCCGUCACUCCUCCGCAUUACUGUCAAGGACCCAUGGGCUGGUCUAGCCACCUUGGAAAGUUGAAAGCCUGGUGGAAGUCGCCGAUUACCGCAAGAAAAAUCCGCCUGACCUGCAUUGUUUUGUUUGUGCUUUUGUUUGCUCCGCGUCGGAGUGAAAUGCCAGCACCGUUCGUUGUCAUUGCAACUCGGUCGCAAGGUCAUGGUGUUGUACUUUAUGGGUCAGUGGGAGAUGUGAGCGGUGACACAAACCUGGAAUCCCCCUGAAAGAACCAAUCCGAUCGUACGCCGUGGGCCAUUCUACAAAGCAAACUCGGAAAUGGUGUAGGGAAAAGUGGGAAUACGCUUCCGGACUGAAGGCAAUUUAGAGGCG